CCAGCACCUGGAGGUCAUGGCGCUGAGCGCGCGACUCCGCUGCGUUCUGUCUUCCGGAUUUGGCACCUUUUGGGGAGCCCGGAUCCCAGCGAGGGGGGUUGUCGCCGGUUCUGGGAGACUCGGUGUGUCUCAGGUGCUGGGGAAACCAGGUUUUUUUGGACGAAGUCUUUUAUUCUCAACUUUGUCUUAUUUGGGUUUGGAAGCUUCUCAACUUGUUUCUCAGGCUGCUGUGGUUCACGCAGCAGCGAAAGUUGUUGGAAUUGAAGAAAUUCUUGAACAAGCAGACUACCUAUAUGAAAGUGGGGAAACAAAGAAACUUUAUCAGCUGCUAACCCAGUACACAAAAAGCGAAGAUGCAGAGUUGCUCUGGCGCCUGGCACGGGCAUCACGUGAUAUGGCUCAGCUCUCUGAAACCUCUGAAGAAGAGAAAAAGCUACUCAUAUAUGAAGCCCUCGAGUAUGCCAAAAGAGCGCUAGAAAAAAAUGAGUUAAGUUUUGCAGCUCAUAAGUGGUAUGCAAUCUGUAUUAAUGAUGUUGGAGAUUAUGAAGGGAUCAAGGUUAAAAUUGCAAAUGCCUACGUCAUCAAGGAGCAUUUUGAGAAAGCAAUUGAACUGAACCCCAAAGAUGCUACUUCAAUUCACCUUUUGGGUAUUUGGUGUUACACAUUUGCUGAAAUGCCUUGGUAUCAAAGAAGAAUUGCUAAAAUGCUGUUUGGAACUCCUCCUACUUCCACUUAUGAGGAGGCCUUAAGCUACUUUCAAAAGGCAGAACAAGUGGAUCCAAACUUCUACAGCAAAAACUUGCUUCUUUUAGGGAAAACAUAUUUGAAGCUAAACAACAAAAAGCUCGCUGCUUUCUGGCUAAUGAAAGCCAAGGACUAUCCAGCCCACACUGAGGAGGAUAAAAAGAUACAGACGGAAGCUUCUCAGUUGCUUACAGGUUUUGGUGAAAGGAAUUGAGAACUUCACAAAGAAGAAAAGCACACAAAAGAUUUCAUUAACAUUGCCUUUGUAUAAAUUAUAAAGAUAACACAUUAAAGAUAAUGUUUUCAA